AUGACAUCCCAUCAUCGACAGCAGCAGAAUCAUAGUUCUGCUAGUAAUGGCCACAGCCACAGUGGCCAUGGACACCAUCAUUCAUCCAGGAAACACAGGAACAAAGGAGAAUCGGGUAGAGACGCCCCCAGACCCAGUGCAACGGUUCCUCCAGCACCUACUCCUGCCAUGCAUUGGACUCGUGCAAAGGUGCACGGCCAGACACCACCUAAGGACCUUCGUGCGCAAACUGUCAACUUGGUUGGAGAGUCCAUCUAUGUGUUUGGAGGAUGCGAUGCGAAGAGCUGCUUUAACACCCUGUACAUCUUCGAUGCCGACACCAUGCACUGGUCGCAGCCUAAGACGUAUGGAUCGAUUCCUCCGCCUUGUCGUGCACAUUCGUCUACAUUGGUCGAAAACAGGCGGCUCUAUGUUUUUGGAGGCGGUGAUGGACCGCAGUAUUUCAAUGAGCUCUAUAUGCUCGAUACCGGUACGUUUCUCAUCAUGUUCAAGCAUUCAAAGAUGAGGGAAGGGAUUAUCAAUACAUUGACGUGGACGAAUCCGCAAACAACAGGAAAUCGCCCGUGUCGACGUCGCGCUCAUACGACAUGCGUCUACAACAACCAUAUCUAUGUCUUUGGAGGCGGUGAUGGAGUGCAGGCUUUGAAUGAUACCUACCAAUUGGAUCUGAGCGAGAUGCGAUGGAGCGAGGUCAAGACAACGGGUCAGAUUCCCAUCGCUCGUGGAUAUCACACCAGCAAUCUCAUAAAGUCUCAGUUCAUUGUCUAUGGAGGAAGCGAUGGCCACGAGUGUUUCUCGGACGUUCAUGUGCUGGACUUGGACACGAAAGAGUGGACCAAGAUCGACAUCAAGCGGCCACUAUCGAGGCUGUCGCAUACAUCGACACAGGUAGGGUCGUACCUCUUUGUGAUUGGUGGACACGACGGCAAUCGGUACUCGUGCGACGUGGUGAUGCUGAACCUGGUGACAUGGUCGUGGGAACCGCGUAAGGUGUAUGGGGUCCCUCCAGCAGGUCGAGGAUACCAUGCCUCGCUGCUGUAUGACUCUCGGCUGUUCAUGUUUGGAGGAUAUGAUGGACAGACGGUGUUCGAUGACAUCUACAUUCUGGAUCUUAGUGCUUGUGCGUACCUGCCUCAGAUAACAGAUUUCCAGGUACGACCUUAUAGCACUAUAGUACUUGGCCCCUUUUUUUCACUCUUUGGACCCUGA